UGUAAUUAUAUCAGAGAAGCUGCAGGGGCUUUAAACAGCUCUUUCCAGUUCCUUUGCUUUUUGCUGCCUUUCCCUGCUCUGCUGUCCCGUUUGGAUCUUGAAAUUUUUAUUUAUAGGGUGUGUGGUUCUCGUGCUGAAGAUCCACAGUGAGGCAUGGCUAAUUUUGUUAGAAGCUGAUACUUUAGUCUGAGCUGCAGGCAUUGCAUUGGGAAAGGCUUAGAUUGUUCUGGGGGGCCAGGACUCUACAGAGAAGACAAAUUCAGAGAGGCACCAAAAAAACAAACAGAAUAGGAAAAGAGGAGGACCUCCCACCUUUUAUUUCUGCAUCUCCUGAUCGAGUCAGUGACCCAGAAGUAUUAUCUAAGCUGCCGGUAUAACUUGACCUGUUUAGAAUAUCUCUUACCAUCAUCUGCUAUGGCUGAGAUUACAACAGAAGGACAUAUGUCAACCACCACCACAGUGAUGGACAACAACAAUGGAUCAGUUCUCACGCCACCAGUGAAAGUGGGAAAGAAGUCAGUUACAGAGGACAUAAUGUCAACAUUCAGCUCACCAGCAGCGUGGCUUCUUGUUGUUGCUCUGAUUGUUACCUGGUCAGCAGUAGCUAUUAUAAUGUUUGACCUGGUGGAUUACAAAACCUUUGCAGGAAGCUCUGUUAACAAGCUCAGCAAGGAGCCACUGAGAAUCAUACAUCAGACCGUGGAAGAAUCCACUGAUUGGCUUUAUGGUUUGAUUUCUUUACUGUCUGACAUCGUAUCGACUGAUGAUGAUGACAGUGAUGAAGGUGAAGUGGAACCUCCGUUGAAAAAAAAAGCUGAAAUUCACCCUGUGACCAAAAAAAAAGAAAUUCAUAAAGACAAGCCUGACAGACAAGAAAAACUCGAAAAACCAGCACCAAAAGUAAUUCACAAAGCGAAACCUGAAAAACAAGAGAAGAUUGAACGGAAAGAACAACCAAAAGCAAUGUACAAAGACAAAUCUGAAAGACCAGAAAAACCUGAAAAGAAAGAAAAACCCAUAGUUGCUCACAAAACCAAACCUGAAAAACAGGAGAAAGCUGAAAAAGCACCUCCAAAAGUCAUUCAAAAAGACAAACCUGAAAGAGAGGAAAAAGUUGAAAAGAAAGCUCCUCCUAAAGAAGAGAAGAAAGCGAAAAGCACCAAAGUUGAAGAAAAAGUUAAAAAGGAAGUGAAAGAUGGAAAAGCUGAAUCAAAGACAGCCGAAAAAGGCAAGCAGACAGAAGCAAAAGUAGAGGACAUUGGGUUAAUAAAGGCCAAACCGAAAGUGAAGGAGGAGAAAGCAGUGAAGGCUGAAACAAAAUCAGAAAAGAAAGAUCAAUAUGCAUUCUGUCGCUAUGUGAUUGACAUGUUUGCGCAAGGGGAUUUUUAUACAGGACAAAAGGAAACAGUGCCUCCUUAUCUACUUGUAGAACAAAAUCCAAGGAAGAAGCCUGCAGCACUAGCUAUUGAAGAAGAAAAGCCUCUUGUGAUAGCUAAGGAAGUGAAAAGAACAGAAGAGGAAAAGAGGAUAACCCAAGAGAAGAGAGCUAUUCCUGAAACUAAAAAGAAAGAAAAAGAAGAGGAAAAAAAGAAAUCCCCUGAGAAGACUGUCCCUGAAAUAAAAAAAGCAGAGCCACUAAAAGAAAAGACUUCAAUUCCACCUAUAAGGAAAGAAGAGCCAGCAAAAGCUCCUGCAGUCAAACCAGCCACUAUAAAAGUAGCAGCACCAGUUUCCAAGACAGCGGCAGCAGCUAAAACAGCAGAAGAAUCACCCAAGAAGGAAAAGCUGGUGGAAACUGCCAAACCACUGAAGAAGGAAAUACCUGCAGUAGCUCUAAAAGUACCUGUAUUUGUGGCAAGUCAUAAGGUAAAAGAAACCGGACAAGCCAAACAGCAAGUCAUUGCAGUUCCAGCUAAGAAAGCAGUACCUGAAAAGAAGGAAGAAAAAACAGCGAAGGCUGUGGAGCAAGAUAAACCAAAGCCGAAAGAAACAAAACCUGUAAAAGAGAAAGAAGUGAAACCUCCGGCUGCAACAAAGGAUAAAGAGCAUGUCAAAGAAAAGGAAGUAAAGCAUCCUGCAGCUUUAAAAGAUAAAGAGCAUGUAAAAGAAAAAACCGUGAAGACUCCAGAAGUUCCAAAGGACAAAGAGCCUGUUAAAAGGAAAGAAGUGAAGCCUCCAGCAGCCUUAAAGGAAAAGGAGCCUUCAAAAGAAAAAGAAGAGAAGCCUCCAGUUCUUGUCAAAGAAAGAGGAGCCACAAGAAAACAAGCAGUGAAGCCUCCAGUUGUCGUCAAAGAAAAAGACCCUGAAGUCAAAAAAGAAGAAAAACCAGCAAAACCAGCUCCAGUGAAAAGUGAAGGUGAGAAGAAAGACCCUGAAGUCAAAAAAGAAGAAAAGCCAGCAAAACCAGUGAUUUUAGAAGCCAAAAAGGUGAAAGAUGCUAAAGUAGUCCUUCAUCCCGCUGCUGAAGGCAAAAAAGUCGAGGCCAAACUACCAACUACAAUAGUGAAACCUCCUGAACACAAGCAUGAAUCUAUUAAACAAGAAAAAGCUGUUUCCCAUGCCAAACCAGAGGAAAAAAUCAAACAAGAAAAGACAGCUCCCAUUGAAAAAUCAGUCAAGUCAAAGCCAGCAAAGCAUGAAGCUGUCAGACAUGAAAAAGAUGUUCCACAAACAAAAUCAGCCAGAUCAAAAGUAACUGCAAAACCAGCACCUGAAAUGACAGUAGCAGCCAAGAAAAAACCAGAAAAGGCUGCAAAGGAAAGAGAAGCAAAACCAGAGAAGAAACAUCCCAAAGAGGGAAAAGCCAAAGCAGUGCCAACAGUAAAAGAAAUUCUAAGACAGCACAACCUGACAACAGAGAAGAUUUCUAAAGCUGCAAAAACAGCAAAAGAAUAUGCAGAAAUAAUUUCCAUUAAAAAAGACAAAGCUCCAGUCCGCUUCUUCCAAUGUGUCUUCCUAGAUGGAUACAAUGGAUAUGGAUUGCAAUUCCCCAUUACUCCAGCUCCCAGCCAUGAAAAGAGACCUGGUCAACCAAAGACUUCAGGGCGGAAGUCAAAGACACCAGGACAGUAGAGAGACAUGUGAUCUGUGUAUUUUUGAGACUUCGCACUUUAUCCCUUCUACUGAGGUCCACAGUAACUACAGUGCUACUUGUUACUGUAGACAUGUGAUCCAGUAGAUCUCAUGCACCUGGAAAUGUUUUUUACUGUCUGGUGCUGCGGGAAAAGAGGUGGUGGAGGAACACUGUUCAUCCAAACAAUACUAAUAUUGUUCUUGAGGAACGGUGUUGAAAUAGUGUUUGUCAGAUUGUGCAGUUUGUUUGUGCAUGUGCAUUUUCCUGCCUCUUCUGCUCUUCUUAUUUUUCCCCUACCUGUUCUGAAUUCAGGUAUGUCUAUUUUCCAUGUAGUGAUUUUUAAAGAGCAAAAAAUAUAAAUGCAAAGACUAUUUCAAUAAGAUUAUUUUGCAAGAUUACCUAGAAUCCUAAAUCAUGUCCUGUCAAUGUUCAAUCAGAUCUCUGAUAUGGAAAAAGCCUCAGUAAAUCUGAAAAUGUGCUCCAUGACUGGUGCUAUUUUUAUGUAUAAUUGACCAGUUUAGAAUGAAGCUCACAUCUUACCUUUAAGCUGCUCAGUGCACCAUAGAAAGGUUCACUAGCCAAACAGUUAAUGAUGAGUAUUUACAUUUAAGUUGAAAGCAAGCAAUAAAAACUUGCUAUAUUUGCCCCUUAAGUAUAUGUAAAAUCAUAACACCUCAUUUCCCUUUCAUUUUGAGAUCUGGGGAAGUGAGCCAAGGCAGGCCUGCCAAAAGAGAGGUGAAGCAAGGAGGUAAACUGUGAAGAUCUCAUGAGUGGGAAGGAAAUUCUUUUACUUCCUCUGUCUCUUCUUGGACAAAGUCAUUAUCAAGUCAGCACAGACUGCAGAUAGAUCAUGCUGGCGAAUCAUUUGUUAGAAAAAGUCAGCGAGGAAGCUAUAUCAUCAGACACUACUUGUGAAACAAAACCAAAUUUUCAAGUAAAAAUACCAACAUGAUACAAUCUUGGAGCAAUCAGCAAAAACAGGGCAUGUGCAAGAAAUCUUGUUAGUUAAUUUUAGUUAAUUUUGACAGACAAGAUGGAAGGCCGUAUAAACUAUUAGCUGGGCCUCUGUCAAAGUGCACUGUAUUGUCAGUUACUUUUAGGAUGGGUGCAGCAAGUAAACAUGCCAGUCCUCAACCAUCUUGUUUAUUUCUUCAGAUGGAUUAGCUAUGUAAAAGAAAAGGGAUGCGCUGGUACUUGACCUAUGUGAAGGUGUCUGAUUGUAAAUCAGUGUUGUGAUUGUAUGUACAUGUCUAGCAAUGUAAAUAAUAAUGCAUUUUUGCAAGCUGCUAUUUUUCUUCCUUACUAUAUUUAUGAAUUUAAUCUGUGAACCAUACAGCUGUGAUCCCAGCUUCAUAGUUACCAUCUGAAAUACCAUGAAUUUUAACAUAACUCAUGAAAUAGAUCCUCUCACACCUGUAAAUCAUAUAUAGCUUUUUUUUCAGUAUAGCUCAAGAUAACAUCACCAUAACACUGAUGCUUAUCUCAAUAGGAAGAUUGAUUUACAUAGGUUUCAGAUAACUAUGUCCCAGAAGGACUCAGGCAAUUUAUAAUGGGAUAUGGAGUUUUUUUACCUCUAGGUCACUGGGUCAGAUUGGUAAUGGCUAAAAGUUUUUACUUUCUGAUUGAUGUUCAGUGGCCUAUAUGAAAUGAGUUCUUGGUCUUAGCACACUCUGUGUUAUGCCUCUCAAAAUCUACCAUCCCCCCAGAUGGCCUUGACAGCCAUUUAGAAACUCAACUACCAUCUUGUGUCUAGGGGUUGUUCUUCCCAAUCAGGAAGGGGACACACUGGGGAUGUGGGUGUAGAGUGCUCUGACUCUGCAGUAACCAGAGCUGUAAACCUGGAACUCCCACGGUUUUUUCAGCAGGACUUCUCUCCGCCCCACCCCCCGCAGGUCCCCAUCACCUCAAUGUAUCUUUUGUGUCUCACCACAAAUUGUGUGUAUUUCAGUUUGUCAUUACACAGGUUGCUGUUCUAUGAUUUUCCUAAGGCUGUCUUAAUGAAGGGAUUAUAACUUUCAGAAGGUCAGCUCAUUUAAUUCAUAGCUUUAUCCAAUUCAAAUGGUCAGCACGACAUUUAAUUUUUUAUAUAUUCACAAGCUGUUGUGGUUUUUUUUAGCUUUUUUUUACACUUGAUUUCUCUUUUUGCUCAUGAUGACUUGGCUAUUUCUCCCAUUGCAAUUUGAUUUGGGAAAGGACAAGAAUGUUUUUUAAGAGCCCGUUCCUCUAGCAUUUCAAUUAGAUAUCAGAUUGGCUCUGAAGAAGUGAAACAUUUGAUCUGUGCUUCAAUAGACAAGUGAUGUAAAUCUGACCAUAGACAGUCACUUCCUAAUCUUGGCCACUGACAUGAAAACUACUGGACACUCCUUGGUCAAAAUGGCAGUCCUUUUCCUUGGGCCUUCAUAAACUGAAUUUAUCUGAAACCUUAACAGUGCAUUACUUGAACUGCAUGGCUUUACUUAAAUCAGACUGAAAUGUUAUUAAAAUGUAUGCUUAUUCUCAUCAGUUUUGGAAAAUAAAACAUAUCUGCCUCUGG